ACUUCACGUUUUUGUAAACUCGUAAAAGUUGUGUUUGAGAAUGUAAAUAAAAGUGCAUAGUGCGUGCUGUGUUACAUAUUGCAAAAUGGAUAAAUCAGAAAAAACAAGAAGUAGGAAGGCAAAACUGGUACCGAGGGAAUGUACUGAUUCUGACGAUGAAUUAAAAGAAUUGCAGUAUGAAGUGGAACAGACACUUGCUAGAAUUAGAGGCGAUAAGGGAAGUACAUCAAAACAACAGGCACAACCACAGUUCUCGAUCAAGGUGGAAGUCGAGGAGUGUGAUGAAACCAACGCAGAUGUAGUCGAGCUUGACAGUUCAGAUGACGAAGUAGACCUCGAGGCAGAUGUCCACAACCUAAACCUAGUUAAUGUAUUGAAGGCAUCCCAUAACUUCAUUGUAAACAGUUUAUCCAAAGCUGACAAAAUACUCCACAUCGAGGUGGUAAAUAACUGCAAGCCACCACCUGUACCACAUGUAAAGAGUAAUCAUGAACUCGUCUUCGAGAAGGCGUUGACUCGAUGGAGAGAUUGGUUCUCAUUAGCCUCCGACUUGCGAGAACCACCGCUAAUAUACAAAUGCUAUAUUUGCAAUCUAGCUUGGUGGCAUUUGAGCGAAUUUCGCAAUCAUAUAAACGUGCAUGCGUUCAAAACGUUCCGGAUAGGUCUUGAAAUUUCAACCUGUGUGGAGUGUAACAUUGUAGCGUACGAAAAGAUGGAUAAAAGGUUUAUAGACCCAGGAACUAGAUGCUGGAGAUGUGGACAGCCUGGUAGCGAACAUAAUAAGCAAAAAAAAUGUGCUGGAUGCUCGAAGGACCUUUUCUCUUGCCUCAAGUUGGCAGAACACCAGUGGUACUGUGACGCGUUCAAAGCGAAGCAAAUAAAGGUGUUUCAGAACGCUAAAAAGAUGUACAAAUGUCAUCUUUGUCCAAGAUAUUACUUUCAAGAAGAAAGCCUGCUCGAUCAUAUGGUAUUAAGGCAUUCGGUGCGAUCGGAUCUGCCGAUACCGUGGUCUCUAGUGUUUUGCAUAGAGUGUAAAGAGAAUGUGGCAGAUUACAACCACGCAUGUUCUGGUAAAGUGCCAGACAUACUGUGUAUACACUGUAACAAAUUAUUUCAUACAAGACCCCUUCUAGCGUUACACAAAAAAGUCGUUUCGAGGCAUCCGAAAAUCUGCGAACUUUGUUCAAAACGUGUGUUCAAAGGGUGUAUGCUGCCGGUACAUAUGACGAAACAUACGUCCAAUUAUUUAUUACUGUAUAAAUGUUUAAUGUGUCCGAAACCAGUGUAUUUCGAUCCGACGAGACUGUCCGCGCAUUCUGAGGAAAUACAUGGAAUGACGAGUGGUGAUGUGCCUUUUGAAUUUCUGUUUGUUCCGAAUACCUUUUUAGAGAAAAAUUCUGACCAGAGUAAUGCUAAAGUAAAUCCAAUACCCACAGUGAAUAUUAUUACAGCAGAUUCUAAAAAUGCAGAAGUAUUCCAUUAUAAUAUAAUGAAAGAUGGUAAAGUUACAAUUGUAAAUGUAAAUGCAACAAGUAAUAAUAGUAAUGAUGUAAUUGAAACGACACCUAACAAUGAACUAACUGACAAUAUACCCCCUAAUAAUGACGUAAUUGCUGAACAUAUAGACGCACCGAAAGAAAUUGAAAUAAACAUACAUACAAAUGUAAAUAAUGAUAUAAUAGAAGGUGUUCAAAUAAAAAAAGAGAUUGACGAUACCCAAGAAAUGGAAGUUGAUAACGAUACUGAAAAUGGACAAGAAUGUAUGGACGCAGUUGAUAACGAUACUGAAAAUGUACAAGAAUGUAUGGACGCAGUUGAAAAUCUUAUAAGCAAUAUUAAAACGGAAGUCGAUGUCCAAUUCGAUCGUGUCGAACCAGAAAUGUGUCCAAUAGUAACUAAUGUGGUUAGUGUUGCGAAUAUUAAUAGUGUAAAUGAAGAUAUGGAAACUAAUACAGAAGAAAACGCAGAAACGGGUCAAAAUAAUUCAGUGAAUAUAGAAAAUAAUACUGAAAGAAGUCAAAAUGAUUUAGCGACAGAAAAUACACCGUCUACAGAACUUAAUGUACCCAUUGAUGAAGUAACAAACAGUAUAAAAAUACCCAACCCAGUUGCAAACAUAGAAAUAAAGCUAACAUAUCAAGAUGAUAGCUUAAAAAUAAAAGAAGAACCGUUACCGGACGAAAUUCAAGAUGUCAAUUUAAAACUAAGUGAUAUACGCAAGAUAUAUCAUAUAGAUGUUAAUUUAACAGCAAAUCCGACAAACGAAAUAAAUAUUAAACAGGAAAUAAAUGAGAUUGAUAUGAACGGUAAAUCUGAAAAUAAUUGGGAGCUUUUGUCCGACGUAUUUGAGAAUUUCAACGAAGUUAGGCAGGAAACGGAUGAGGAGGGUGAAAAUGAUUUGAUAAUUAUCGAACCGCAGGAGGAAAUACUUACUAUUCACUCGGAAGAUUCUUUUAGUAGUUCGGAGAAUGAUAGUGUUAGUGGGGAUAAUGGAGAUAAGAUGAAACGCUACCAAUGCAAAAAGUGCCACUUCAAAGGCGUACACAGAGAAUACGCGGUGCACAAACGCGAGCACUGUCCGAGAAAAGAUAGACUCCAACGGCCAUACAUACAUACAACUAAAUACCCGUGCUCCACCUGCAAAACGAGCUUUGCAACGUUCAGAAAGUACCUGAAACAUUUCUCCGUUCACAAGUUCCCGAAACACGCGUGUCCUCAAUGCUUUUGUAUAAGCAGUUCGCAUACAAAGCUGGAUCAGCAUGUAUUGACACAUAUGCGCAGUUUCUUCUUUAGUUACAGAUCGUUGAAAGUGAAACGUACGUUUAAGUGUAAAGUGUGUGAAGUUAGUGUUGAACGUGAAAUGUUUUUCGAACAUUGGGAGGGACACUUGAAUAUAAAGGAGUGGGGGUUUAACGAGGUUAAAGUGAAGGAGGAGGUGGAUUAUGAGCCUGGUGUACGGGGAGUUAUAGAAAUACUAACGCACCCGGAUAAAAUGGCGAGACAACUGUCCGCCAAGUAUAGGUCGUGUGUGGUAUGCAACCGUCGUUUCAACAGACGGAACGAUUGCAUGCGACACAAUAUAGAACAUCUGUUACUCGAUGCGUUCAAAAAUAAGGAUAAAUACAAAAAACUCAAGUGUCAGAUUUGCGGCGAGGAAUUUGAGAAACCUGAAGGUUUCCGAAGUCACUUACGUUAUCACGCGUCGUUGCCCGUGUAUAAAUGUGAAUUAUGCAAUAAGACAUUUAGUGAUUCCAGUAAUUUCUCGAAACACAAAAAAGUCCACAAUCUCCGUAUAGUUAUAUGUGAUAUUUGUGGAAAAAAGUUCAAUAAUAAGAUCUGCUUGAUCAAGCAUUUGGAGGGCCACUCAAACGCGGAGCCCAUACCGUGCAGCAAAUGUAACAAGCAUUUCUUCAGCGAGUCAGCUCUGCGGAAACACAACCUUCAGAUGCACGACAAAGUGUCGCCGAAGUUCAAGUGUCAGCAGUGUCUGCUGCGGUUCCUGACACUUAAGGAGAAGUGGGAUCAUAUGUGGCAAGUACACAAAGAAAGGUCAACCAAAGCGGAUUGUCCAAUAUGCGGGGCGAAGUUCAGAAAGGCCCGUGACGUUAAAAACCACUUGGACAAAGUUCACAGCAAGAAAAAUGAGGGAAAAGGGGAAAAUGCCAUUAAAAUUGAGUACGACCUUUGUGUUGUUGAUUGAAUAUCUCUUCUAUAUCUAUACUAAUACUAGCGGUCCGCCCCGGCUUCGCCCGUGGUACAUAUGAAAAAUAGAUGUUGGCCGAUUCUCAGACUUACCCGAUAUGCACAGAAAAUUUCAUG